AUCAACGACGGCGGCGACGAUUUCAGCGGAAUAAGAUUGGCUCGAGAGGCCCAAAAAGAAUUGGAGCUGUCCCCCAAGAAACCAAUUAAUUCGCAGUUGCCUUGAUCUCUGUAUCAAGAGAAGCUUAGCGCUAAGUUCAAACACAUAUUAUCUAUUGGAUUUCAAAAAACUUGACCAUUUUGAAUGCCAAGAAGAUCCCGACGACGUUCAACUUCAUCUGGAGACCCCACUUUUCCCUCUUUAAAGCAUCGUCUCCGUCGUUUUGCUUUCUGCGAAGAAGAAGAAGACCACUGAUGGUGUUACUUUCGCGCUUUUGGUGGGUAUGGUUGCUCUCCCUUAAUGUGGGCUUUCGUUUCUCAAUCUGUGAUUUUGAGUUCUAAACUGUACUCUCCUCAAAUGGCUCAAAACCUAGUCUUCUUCUUCUUCUUCUGGGAAAGAGUUGAAUGCGUUUGAGGGUUAAAUGCUUUUCUUUCUUUAUUUAAUGAUUAUAUAACUCGCGCCUAACUUACUUUUGGGUACGCUUAAUAGCUCAUAAACCACGCUCACUCGACGGGGACAUAGAAAUCUUUGUUUUUUCAGAUAUGAUCUUUUCAUUACCUUUUAUCUGAUCCUGUGUUGAGAGCGACGUAUACUCCAUCUCUGUUAGUUCUGUAUCUGGACGAUCUUCUCUGCAAAAAUCAGGAAUAAUUGAAAAUGGACCUUUUCGAGGUUUUGUACAUUCUGAUUAGCAGAAUUCGGGAGUUAGAACCAGAGGAUGUUGCCAAAAAGAUAAUUGGGUAUCUCCUUUUAAGGGACUGUGACAGCCAAAUGAUUCAGUUGGCUAUGGCUCCAGACACUGUAAUCCAGAACUUGGUUCGGGGGAUCAAAGUUCAGCUUGGUUUAGCGUCGGUAUCGCCUCCAAUCUCACCUUCUACGAACCAACCCCCCAUUUCCAAUCUUCCCUUUAGCGGCAUCACACCGACUUGGUGCCCACCAGCAUUGAGUGUGCCGAAUGCUAGAUGGGAUCCCCAAUUCAACAGUGAAAACCAACCAGCGCAUAAUUCCUGUUUCAUACCUUAUCAGACCCGAUUCAGGGGAUUGAAUGUUGGGUUGGAACAGGUGAAUCCAGGGAUUCCAGCCUCUUCAAGUUAUUAUCAUCAGGAUCCAAUACUAUCCGAGUUGCCAGUCAAAGUUUGUCGCUACUUCAACAAGGGGUUCUGUAAGCAUGGAACUAACUGCCGGUACUUCCAUGGGGAAGCUGGGGAAGCUCCUCCAGAUAUCUCAUCUCUACUAUUUCAUCCUAAUUCAAAUGAAUUUGCUAACGUAGACCAGUACUUCGCCCCUUGGUCACUUGAAAGGAUGGAACUGGAGAUCGCAGAAAUCUUGAAAUUGGGAAGGGGGAAACCUAUUCCAAUUGCUCUUUUGCCCAGGUUGUACUACGACAACUAUGGGAGGCUACUCCCCGCUGAAGGUUAUCUCUUGACAAAGCUCCUUGCACUGUUGAAUAACAGUUUCCAACUGGUUGACAGAGCUCAUGGUGAGUAUUCAGUGAUUUUGGCAGAAGAUGCCAAAAAGUAUAUGGAAAAUCAGAGUGAAAGAAACAACUGCAUUCCAAUCAUUAGUGGAGCACAGCAGAUAUAUCUAACUUUUCCGGCUGAGAGCAGUUUUAAGGAGGAAGAUGUCUCCAACUACUUCAGUUCAUUUGGGCCAGUUCAAGACGUAAGAAUUCCCUGCCACCAGCGAAGGAUGUUUGGAUUCGUCACUUUUGCUAGUGCUGAUACGGUUAAGAAGAUUUUGUCAAAGGGAAAUCCGCAUUAUGUUUGUGGUGCUCGUGUUCUUGUAAAACCUUACAAAGAGAAAUCAAAGAUUCUCGACAGGAUCUCCAAGAGACUGGAGCCCUUAAUGAAUUACAACUCAGGCAGCACAGGCAUGGAUUCGAAGCUUGACUCGAGAUUGAAGCCAUCCAAAUUACCUAGGAAGAAGGUGUCCAUGGAUGAGCAGGAAUUCUUUCUCGAGUUUCAGUCAAGACGGUUCUCAGAGCUGCAGUUAGCACAUAAGCCUUCUGCAGACGAGCUGAAAGCUUCGGAAGUGCAGCUCAAUCGGAGUUCAUGCCUGCAGAAUAUUUCGACUUUCUGCUGAACGACAAUCCCAACGAUACAGGAGCUAGUAACACCAAUCAGGAGAGCAGCGAGGAACUCGAUCUCCCAACAGGCCAGUUCCCGUCUCCCAUACUUGACAGCAUCUCUAGUGUCAUAGAAGAAGAAUCACAGAAUUGACUGGAAACUGGUCCCCAAAGCUCUCACAUUUACUGGGAAAUCUUAUACACAGCUCGUUUUAUGUUUAUGUUUAGUCGACUGCUUGUCUUGGAUCAAAGUUCCCCGGAAAGUACAUACUAGAGGAAAGGAGAAAUAUUCAAAGUUACAGAAGAAGAAUAGUAGAAGAGAAUGUAAUUGCUUAUAUAUAGUCUUCAGCUGAUGAAAGAAACUACAAUAUGUUUUUGUUUUUAGUCUCUAAUACCAAGCAGUGGAUAGAAAGAAGAAUAGAAAGUUCAGUGCUAAUAUGUUACUUUUUCUUAGUUUACUGGUUUAGGGAGGAAUAUAAGAUCAUCAGUUCAGAUUGCAUGUCUCAUGCUUUUGGUGGGUAAUUAUUACUUGA